CCGAGUGAAGCGAGGUAGGGAUCUCCAAAACUGAAAGGCUUCAAUGGAGGACGGCGAGAUCGAGGAAGGAAUGGUGACGGAGGAGGGAGCCCCAAGACCGGAGGUGGCGGAAGAGGAGACGGUGGCUUCCCUGCGCAAGGCGGAGAAAUCGCCGCACGAGUUGCUGCGAGAGAGCAAAAAUUCCGUAGAAGAAAUCAUCGCGAAGAUGCUCUCCAACAAGCGAGAAGGAAAGUCCAAGUCCGAGAUUCGUGAUCUCCUCACGCAGAUGUUCCUCAACUUCGUCAAUCUCCGUCAGGCGAAUCGUUCGAUUCUGUUGGAAGAAGACCGAGUGAAAGCGGAGACAGAGCGAGCGAAGGCGCCGGUGGAUUUUACGACGUUGCAGCUUCACAAUCUGAUGUACGAGAAGAGCCAUUAUGUGAAAGCCAUUAAAGCUUGUAGAGAUUUCAAAUCCAAGUAUCCCGACAUCGAGCUCGUGCCCGAAGAAGAGUUCUUCCGGGAUGCUCCUGAGUCAAUCAAGGGCCCUUCACUGUCGGAUGAUGGUUCCCAUGAUUUGAUGCUCAAGAGACUAAAUUUUGAGCUCCAUCAGCGAAAAGAAUUGUGCAAGUUUCGAGCAAGGUUGGAACAGCAGAAGAAGAGCUUACUGGAAACUAUCGCAGAGCGUAAAAAGUUCUUGUCGAGCCUUCCUUCCCACCUCAAGUCUCUAAAGAAAGCAUCUCUGCCAGUACAGAGCCAGUUGGGUUUGCAGCAUACAAAGAAGCUGAAGCAGCAUCAUCUAGCUGAGCUGCUUCCUCCGCCGCUGUAUGUUAUCUACUCACAGCUCUUUGCACAAAAGGAAGCUUUUGACGAGAGUAUCGAUCUGGAGAUAGUUGGGAGCCUUAAAGAUGCUCAAUCUUAUGCUCGGCAACAAGCUAAUAAGGACCCAGGUAUGACCAAUAAUACGGAGAGUACUAGGUUGGAGGAUGAUGGAGCCGAUGAGGAUGAUGAUGGACAAAGGAGAAGGAAACGGCCAAAGAAAAUUAGUAGCAAGGAGGGUUCUGAUCAGGCAGGAUUAUAUCAAGUUCACCCUCUUAAAAUCCUCCUCCACGUUUAUGAUGACGAGAUUCCUGAUCCCAAAUCUCGAAAACUUGUCAUGCUCAAGUUUGAGUUCUUGUUGAAGUUGAAUCUUGUUUGUGUUAGCACUGAAGGGUCUCAGGAUGGGUCUGAGAAUGAUAUCUUGUGCAACUUAUUUCCAGAUGACACAGGUCUUGAGCCUCCUCAUCAGUCAGCCAAGCUUAUUCUUGGUGAUGGUCAGACAUUUGAUGAGAGCAGAACUUCAAGGCCAUAUAAAUGGGCACAACAUUUGGCGGGCAUUGAUUUUUUACCUGAGAUGUCUCCGUUUUUAGACGGCCAAGGUACUCAAAACAGUGAUGCCACUAAAAAUGAUGCUUUCACGACUGAUCUCUCACUUUAUCGUCAGCAGCAUAGGGUGCAGACAAUUCUACAAAGAAUACGCACUCGCAAAAAGGCUCAGCUGGCUCUUGUGGAACAGCUCGAUUUGCUGAAGAAGCUUGAAUUGCCUGCUCUGAAUUAUGAAGGUGUUCCAUGGGCUCUGCAUAAAACAGUCUGUGCUUUGGAUUCCUGGUUGUUCAUAGGGCCUUCAGCUAGUAGUAAGUCUUCUUCUCUGCUUCCAAAUACUACGGAGCAACUUUCAGAGCCUAUGGACAUCGACGCAGAUGGAAGAUCUGCUUUAUCAAAGGAAGAGCUUGAAAGUGCCAGAGAAGAUGGAGAACUUCCGUCUUUGGUCACAGCUGCAUCUGUGAUUAACGUCACCAAACCGACCCCAACCAAAGCAUCUAGUCUAGGCCAGUCCAGGCAGUUUGCAUUGAUGACAAAGAACCUCGAUUCUCCUAUUAACAAGGGAAGGUCACCGAGUUUUAAAAAGUACGAAGAUGAUUUGGAUCUUGUUUUGGAUAGUGACAGCGAAGUGGAUGAGCCAGCAGCACAAACAGAAGAAGCGGAAGAAACACUACCUGCUCGCGAGAAAGCUGAUAAUUCUUGGAUGGACUUUGGUGCUAGAGAAUUUCGUCUCGUGUUAUCCAGGAAAGCGAAUACGGGUUCGAAGUCUUGGAAGUUAGAAGCCAAGGUCAAGAUUAGCAUGGAGUAUCCUCUCCGACCACCUCUGUUUGCUUUGUCUCUCCACGCUUCUUCAGGAAACGAAAACGGGACCAAUGAAUCUGAACACCGCAAUGAGCUACAAGCCAUGGAAGCAGAGGUUAACCUUCAUAUGUUGAAGAUGGUACCUCCGGAUCAAGAAAACUACCUCCUAUCCCAUCAAACCAGAUGCUUGGCAAUGUUGUUCGACUUCUACAUGGAUGACCCGUCUCCACGUUCAGACAACGGAACGAGCACUUCCGUUUUUGACAUCGGUUUGUGCAAACCCGUCGAUGGUAAGCUUCUUGUUCGUUCGUUCCGAGGCAGAGAUCACAGGAGAAUGAUAUCGUGGAAGGAGAAAGGAUGUUCUUCUGGUUAUCCAUGCUAGAGACAGUCUUGAGUCCAAAUAUUGCCGCUUUGAUCUUAUGUUUAGGGUGUUCACGAAGAAGAGUUGGCCUUGUAUUUUGUAUUGAUUUGUAAAAUCAUUUAAAAAUAUUUAUAUCCAAAAUAACUAAGUUUUUUUUUA